AUGAUAAAGCUUUUUUGUGCGAUUGUCGGUGUGCCGGGACGCGUACUCUCUGUAGAUAUCGACGUAAAUCAGUCCGUGGGAGACUUAAAAAAGGCAAUUCAGGUGAAGAAACCGAACGAGUUGAAGAACGUCGAUGCAGACGAGUUGCAGCUCUUCCUCGCAAAAACGACGGACGGCAAGUGGCUGUCAGACGAAGAACCUGCUGCGCUGGAAUUGGAAAAAGGAAAAAUGCAUCAGGAUACUCAAAGAAUGAUUUUUGGAGAGAAAAUGAAGGCGACAAAGACUCUACAGCAUUGGCUGUUUGAGAAGAACAAAACGCCACAGCCAUGGGCUGAUCAGAUUCACGUGCUAGUAGUAGUUCCCGAGCAGGAACAACUACGACCAGGGUUGUGGCUCGUUAGCGGAACCAUCGAGAAUGCGUUAGACACAAAAGGAAUUCGCUGCAAGUUGUACCGGCUAGCGGGAUUACGGUUUGCACGCUACGAUCCGGCUCGCCGGAAGGAAGACAAAGAUAUUGCGUUUUGGUACGAAGACAAGAAAUUGUGCUGUCAUCUUCUGUUUAAGGCAGGUGCGCGCCUUAAGCUAAUGUGUGAUAUUGCAUGCGCUUCGCGCAUCAAACGCCUUCUUGGUAUCUUCAAGAACCACUUUAUACAGAACCGAUGA